AUGUCUGACUUCUCUAUAGUGAGUGACUGACUAAAGGUGUUCUUUAGCAUGUUCCUUCCAUCUAGAGCUGAUGGAAUGUUCAUCGUGUAUAAAUGCAGUUCUAAGAGGAAGCAGUAGACUAGAAGGAUCUGGCAGAGACAGAGAGAUACAAACCUUUCACAGGUUUUCAAACAAAUCUCAAGAUAUCACUGUGGGUAUGUACACAACUAGCUAAAUAUAAAAUGUGCACUUGUAUUUAAUGCAUGAUACUGGUGAGGGAAAUGCUAUGAAGUUAAUACUCAUCAUCUCUUGGUACAUGGGCACAAACACUUUGGCCCUAUUGCAUGUAAAUGUACAUUUAAUUUAUCUGACAUCAUUUUUAUUUGACAGUAGCUUAGCACUGCAAGAGUGAUUGUAGUAAACAAGAGUAGGUUCUACUUUUUAAAGCUGUUUUAUAACAUUUCACAUUCAAGAAUGAUUUGUUUGUUAAGUCACAUUUCACAAUUCAAAAAGUUAUUUUAUUUUCCUUUCUAGGAAACACUGGUUGACCUGACAGGUAAAAUGCCUUAGUUGUUUUUGUGAACUACUAUGAAAAACAUUAUUAACAAAAUUAUUUCAAGUUUUACCAUUUAAAGUGAAAUUGACUGAAAUGAAAGGUCUUAAGUAUUGAUGUCUCCCUUUUGCAGAAUGUUCUCAAUCCUGUUUGUCACAGUCUUCUUGGCCAGCUGCUUGGCAAUGCGUGAGUAAUACAAAUACAAUUCUGAAUUAUAAUUAUUCAAUAAUAGCUUUUGUGCUUACACCAACUUGUCUUUUUCAGUUACACUUAGGAGUUCUUCUUUGAGACAAAAGCUGAUGUAUUAAAGCAUUGCAGAAUGUACUUUAGUUAAUUAAUCUACACUUUAUUCAUAAUAUAAAGAUCUUUCAGAAAUAUGUUAGUAAAAUUUAAAUUAUGUAUAUAUAAAUAUGUAUUAUUAAUAUAGUAAAUAUAGUAAACAUAUUGCCCAUAUUAUUUUAGCCAUCAAAGAACCGUACUCGUAUUCCUCUGCGGUGGGUCUGGGCACUGGCACCCCAUUUGCCUCCUCCGGUGAGGGACGCAUCACAGCGGUCAGAGUGUGGGAGAACAACAACAACUACUACUACUACUACUACAACAACAACGCCUACAUCAACGGGUGAGCAGACCCUGACCCAGGAACAGACACCACCGUCUCAGUCCAACUACACUACCCAACAGCCACACUCUUUCUUUCUUUCUUUCUUUCUUUCUUUCUGUAUUUAUUUAUUGUGUUUAUUACAUAUUCAGUACAUGACAAAACAAUAGUGUUAUCAUAUCUAACCCAGAGUACAAUUGAAAAUGUCAGUCCUUGAUAUUCUCUGACGCUACCUGCUGUCUCCGUCUGAAUAUGCCUUAUCAAAACACAACCAACGUGAAAAGCUUCCUCUGUUUUAGGUUCCAGCUGAGAUACAGCAACACCUGGUCUCCUGUAUUCGGUCGCGAAGUGGGGGAAAAGCAGGAGAUGGAGCUGUUUAAGGAUGAGGCCAUCGUCGAGGUGUCUGGGAAGUACAACCCAGGAGACUACAUCUGCUACCUGGUGUUCACCACCAACACGGGGCGCACUCUGGUGGCCGGCCUGCCUAACCAAGUCUCCUUCAACUUCUACCCAGCCAACAUGGGCAAUGAGCUGAGGCUGCUCAGCGGUCGCUUCAACGGUGCCGGGAUCACUUCCAUCGGAGCCCACUGGGGAUUGGUGUACAUGGAAGAGGCUGGAAACAGUACCUCCUCUUAAUCGAAAAAAAAAAAAGUAUGGCUUGCUCUUUGGGAUGGUUUCCCGGAUACAGAUUAAGCCUAGUCCUGGACUAGUUACUUUCAAUGGAGAUUCUCCAUUCAACAUGCUUUUUAGUCCAGGAGUAAACUUAAUCUGGGUCCAGGAAACUGACCCUAUAUGUUUUGGACGGAUGUUUGACAUAGACGCUGACAGGACUGUUUUAAUAUCACUAUCUGAUGGGUGCUUCAUGCGAUUUUAAACUGAAUGAAUUUGAAUAUUUAUAAUAUUUUGGGAGUAAUUUUGUACUGCUUCAAGUGAGGUGAUCCCGUUUGAGUGAGUGGGUCACGGACCACAUGCGUUGUUACUCAUCAUUUGAGGUUGUAUUUAUCACAAUAAAUGAAAUAAUCAUAUGGGAUUUAAAGGAUUAAAUAUAUCUUUGAUUAAUUGAACAAUAAAAUAUUAUCGGGAGACAAUUCCACUCAUGGUACUUCACCUUCACUAUUUUAUACACACUGUAUUUUUUUUGGGUGUUCCUUUUCUGCUACAUCUACUUACGGACAUUUUAAUAAAAAGCACAUCUUUAA